UACAUAUGUUGCAUUUGGUGCGUUAGUAUGUGUGUUGAUUAAAAAAAUGGUUCUCUUUAAAUGAAAUCAUUGGAAAACCUCUGAAAUUUCAUCGGAAAACUAAAAAAUCAGUGAAAAUUCAUCGAUGAACAUUCAACCGCCUGACAACAAAUUGAAAAUCAAGUAAAUGCAUGCAACAAUUCGCUAAACGACUUAACGUUGAGCUGUAUUAUUUCGAUGAGUGCAGUGUCGUUAAUACACGGUGGUAAAUAACAGAAAGAAAAAUCUGUACAAAUAAAGUGUACAUUCAGUAAGCUGGCAGGGCAAAGUUGUAAAAUUCAGUUGUUUACACAUUUUGCGAAGAAAAUGGUUUAAAAUGAAGGUGAAAAAUCCGCCUGGUGCAUGAAAUAAAAAAAAUUCUUCUGCAAAAUUAUCUAAAUCAAUUGUGACGUGUGUGGCGCAUUUACGAAAGGAGCGAUACAAGAACUGUGAUUAAAUAGUGUUAUGAAGUGAUCUUGCCUUUAUGUGCACAUAAAUGUAAAUUUUAUUAAAUUUUUGCCAUUUUACUCAACGAAUCAAGGCCAUAAAAAUAUCAAUCCAAAAAAAACAUUUUCUUUUAAAUGCGACUUCAUGUCACUUUCUCAUGGUUUCUUUUGUCAUUGACAUUUAAACACAACAAUAUAUGGGUCAGGGGUGAACAACCCGACACGCUUAAAAUUCGUUUUUAUUCCAAAAUAAAAUAAACAAACGAGAGCCUUGCAACCUGAUGAUCUUUUAGUUAUUCGGACAUUUGUUCAACAGUAGUAUGUGUGUUUGAAUGUGAACAAACUAAACAGUCUGUGGUGCCGAAAUGGAACAAUUUUCGCAUGAUCUUACUUUAGCAUUAGAAGAAACAUCGAAAUGUAGUGGUGUCAGUCGAUGGAGCACAAGACGAAGAACUCGAUCGACUGGAAAUUUACCCUGUGCACCGCAACCUACUGAAGACAGUAGCAGUCCGGCUGACGCAUACAAUAACCUUGAUGGUAGUGUCAAUCCAACAUUUAGCGAUUCGGAUGAUCGACAGGAGCACAAACUAUCAUUAAAAUCGAGACAGGCAAAUUUGUUUGGGAAUUUGGAAUCGGAUUCGCUCAACGAAAACUUUAGUCCUGCCAGACCGAAUACACGCAGAAAACGAAAGUUUAAACGUAUGGCCGUCGAAUAUGAAACCACACCAUCCACACCCGGCGUUGGACCAUCAGCUGUUUUUCCCAUGGUUGGAGCGGUAAAGAAAAGAGUGUUCAAACAUACCAGCCAAGAAAAUUUCAAAGCGAAUUUGUUCUUUUGUGGCAAACGAAAGAGGUCCCAUCGUGAUCGAUAUUUCGAACAUUCGAGUAGUGUACCGCGACAACGGGAUCUGUUUACGCCGAAAAAUUCAUACUCCGAAUAUCGAACGCGUAACAGGUCGUUCUCGAAGCCGUGCGAAAAGAUUUUACCGCUGAACAAGACCAUUGUGUCGAAGAUUGAGAAAAUAUCGCAAGAUACAAAGAACAAAAUCAGCGGUUUCCAGUUUCUGUGCCUCCAAGAUCGCGAUGUCAGUCAACCAAUAAAAGACACAAACAGUUUGUUCAAAUCGCAUGCGUCUAGUCAACAACAACCACAACUGCAACAGGUGGAUGGAGACAAAUCUACUUACAAAAUGUCGCAGAAAUCGGGCAGUUUUGAGUCCACCUUCACCACACCCGAAGCCCAGAAAAGUGUCUCAACCAACGAAACCGUUACCGAUCAUCAUCACAAGAAGAACAACAAGCGAAUUCAAAUGAAACUUCAGCUACAGUUCGAAGACUCCACGAUAAUGGAUUGCGGUUUGACGAACGAAUUUCUCAGUUCCAGUUCGAUGAGUUCCAGUUCGGAUUCAGAAGCAGCCGAAACCAAUGAAAGUGAUCGUGAAGGUGACGACGAACUAACGGACUGGCCAGGCAACGAGGCGAUGGUCAAUUUUGCAUCGAAAAAUGAUUUCAAACGAGCCAAACCUCGGCCCAAAACCAUACUACUUCAAAAGCCUGACGACGUUGCGACUCAAGAUGAUGACGAUACGCUAAUGUCGACAGAUGAGCUGGGUGCAGUGCCUCUACCUCCAACGACAUUGAAUUUAUCGGUUAAAUACACUCCGGCUCCGUCGAUAAAUAAUGUAGGCGUGAAUGCGAUGACGUCAUUACCCAUUGAUAUUACUGGUGGUGCCAUGGCCGGUCCACUGAGGAACCAAAUUGAAAGCGAAAUGUCCGGCGAAACGUCCAACUAUAUACUGUCGGCAGGGAAUCGGGUCGAAGUUCGUGAAAUUCGUGCGGGAUGUAGACGGAUUCGGAAUGAGCGACGCGGAUUCACGAUUCUAACCAGUGCGAACGAGGAGUUUUCCAGAUUUCUUCAGGAUGCCCGCCAGGAGCGCCUAACUCUACCGUACACCGAUGCGCAAGAGCACGAGAAACUGUUUCACUUAGCGAAAUUGUAUUCGUUGAUUAUCAACAUUGAAAACGGUUGUGCCAUUUUAACCAAAACGAGUAACACAACUCAGUCCGUCAAAAUAGAUCAAACGUCUAUCACGAAACGGUUCUUAAGCGAUUACAAACGACGAUGUUACGGUGGCGAUUAUGACGAUCAUGAGUCGAGUGGAAUGGCCAGCUAGUGCGUUGCAAGCGAUUAGAGCCGAUCGAAGAUUG